CUUGUAGAUUCUGAGAGAUCUACGGCAAAUAUUAUUCGUCUGUUUUUUUUUCCAGGCCUGUAAUCAUCACUUUUUGAUUUCCAGAUGAUCACUCAUUAGAAUCAAAACAAAAAAUAUUUUCCUUUAUUUCCUUCACCCUUUGUUUUUUUUUUUCCUUCUCUCUAUCAAUGCAGAUCCCAGCUCAGGUGAAAGGGAUGAUGUCAAAUUAGAUUUUCAAUAAAUAAAAAAAACCAGAUCUUUGAAUAUAUUUAGAUCUGCUGAUGUGGUCUCAUUCAUGUAGUUUUUUCUAAGAUUCUCUUUCAAAGGUUUGGGGUUUUUGUGUCAAAUUUUUUCACAGAUUGAAAUCGAGGACACAAAUCUUGCACACGGAGAGUGAGAGAGAUAUGUGAGGUGAGGGUAGUUACUUGUUGGGUUUUUCAAUUCAUUUUUUGGGAAAGUUGAUUUCUUUUGGUUGGAUUUUCCUUUUGACAUUUUUCCCGGGAAAGUGUGGGGUCGAAUGGUAAGGACAGAAGGAUGAAUUACUUUCCGGACGAGGUAAUCGAGCAGAUAUUCGAGUCAGUGACCUCGCAGAAGGACCGAAACGCGGUGUCGUUGGUGUGCAAAUCGUGGUACAAAAUCGAGAGGUUCAGUAGGGAGAGAGUGUUCAUCGGGAAUUGCUAUGCAAUCAGUCCGGAGAGAGUGAUCGAGAGGUUUCCGGGGCUCAAGUCCCUGACUUUGAAGGGAAAGCCUCACUUCGCCGACUUCAAUCUGGUUCCUUACGAGUGGGGCGGCUUUCUGCAACCGUGGAUUGAAGCUCUCGCCGACGGCCGGGUUGGCCUGGAGGAGCUCCGCCUCAAGAGGAUGAUCGUCUCCGACGAAAGCCUCGAGCUUCUUUCCAGGUCCUUCCCCAAUUUCAAGUCUUUGGUUCUUGUUAGCUGUGAAGGGUUUACCACCGACGGCCUUGCUGCUAUUGCUGCCAAUUGCAGGCUUCUUAAGGAGCUGGAUCUGCAGGAAAAUGAUAUUGAUGAUCAUAGAGGCCAUUGGCUAAGCUGCUUUCCUGAGAGCAGUACUUCAUUAGUUUCCCUGAAUUUUGCUUGCCUCAAAGGUGAAAUUAAUCUACCGGCUCUGGAGAGACUAGUGGGGAGAUCUCCUAACCUCAAAGUCUUGAGGUUAAACCGUGCAGUGCCUCCUGACACUCUUCAGAAAGUAUUGGCGCGAGCGCCUCAACUAGUGGACUUGGGAACUGGGUCUUAUGUUCUGGAUCCUGAUUCAGAUACCUACAACAAACUCCAGGCGACUGUUGUAAAAUGUAAAUCAAUUAAGAGCUUGUCAGGGUUUUUGGAGGUUGGUCCUCGAUGUCUGCCCUCUAUUUACCCAAUAUUGGAAAACCUGACAUCCUUGAACCUCAGCUAUGCUCCAGGGGUUCAUGGCAGUGAGUUAAUAGAACUAAUUCGCCAAUGUGUGAAGCUUCAGCGAUUAUGGAUUCUGGAUUGUAUUGGAGACAAAGGACUAGGAGUUGUUGCCUCGACUUGUAAAGAACUGCAGGAAUUGAGAGUUUUUCCUUCUGAUCCAUUUGCAGCUGGGCAUGCUUUCGUAACAGAAGAAGGCCUUGUUGCCAUAUCUGCUGGUUGCCCAAAGCUUCAUUCGUUGCUCUACUUCUGCCAGCAGAUGACUAAUGCUGCUCUCAUAACCGUGGCCAAGAACUGCCCAAACUUUAUACGUUUCAGGUUGUGCAUCUUUGACCCCACUAAACCUGACGCUGUUACCAUGCGGCCCCUGGAUGAAGGUUUUGGGGCAAUUGUCCAGGCAUGCAAGAAUAUUAGGCGUUUAUCGCUCUCUGGCCUUUUAACCGACCGGGUUUUCCUGUACAUUGGAAUGUAUGCUGAGCAGCUUGAGAUGCUGUCUAUUGCAUUUGCCGGGGACAGCGACAAUGGUAUGCUUUAUGUGUUGAAUGGAUGCAAGAAGCUCCGGAAGCUUGAGAUCAGGGACAGCCCCUUCGGAAACGAGGCACUUCUAAAGGACGUGGGAAAGUAUGAAACAAUGCGAUCCCUUUGGAUGUCGUCCUGCGAAGUUACCCUUGGAGGCUGCAAGGCACUAGCAAAGCAGAUGCCAACACUGAAUGUGGAGAUCAUAAAUGAGAGUGAUCAGGUGGAGAUUGGCGUCGAUGAUGAGCAACGAGUGGAGAAGAUGUACCUCUAUCGCACCCUAGUGGGGAAGAGAAGGGAUACACCGGAAUUUGUGUGGACUCUGUAGGUGCAUUUUCUAGGUUGUCAGUUUUUUCUCUUAUUGUUUAACUAGUUUGUACUUUGGUUAGGCCAGUUGAUUAGUUGAUUUUAGUUGAUGAUGAGUUACUUAUAAGGUGUUCAAAUUCAGAGAGAUUGACCAUUGUAAUCUAUGCUGCUAUAAAUAGAUUCGAACCAGUA